GAGAUGUUUUGGAGGAUUUAAGAAGAUGAAAAAGAUAGGGUUUAAUUGGGUUGUCACGGCAGUUACGAGCAUGUACGGUGGCGUUCGGCGGCGCGGCGGCGGCGGCGAUGAGAGUUGGAGAGGAGAAGAAAUGUUUCCAUGGAUUCCGACGAAGAUUCUUACCACGACGAAUAUUCGUACGGCGAUGAUGUGGAGGAAAUUGAUGAUUCCGGCAGCGAGGCCGCGGAGGAAACUGAUUCCGGCGUGGAGGAGGAGGAGGAACUGGCGGAAUACGGCGGCGGCAGAAACAGUAGCCGCCGCCGCCAGAAGCACUACACAAUCCUCACGGAAGAAAGAAUCCGGCAGCUACAAGACAACGACAUCUCCCAAGUCAGCAGCCUUCUCUCCGUUUCUAAAACCCUAGCAUGCACCCUCUUGCGCCGCCACAAUUGGAGCAUCUCCGCCGUUUCCGACAAGUGGUUCUCCGACGAGGAAAAAUUACAAUUCCCACAACAAGAAUUGCUAAAUCCACUACCACCAGACAACGACAACAACCUCUGUAAUAUUUGCUUCGAAGAGAUUAGUGGUGAGAACAUGCUGUCUUGCCCAUGUGGACAUCCCUUCUGUUCUAAUUGCUGGAAGUAUUACAUAAUGGUCUCGAUCAACGACGGGCCGGGAUGCUUGUCUUUGAGUUGCCCCGAGCCCGGAUGCAAAUCCAGUGUGGGCCCGGAACUAGUUGACUCGUUAGCUUCAGAUGAAGAUAAAGAAAGGUACUACAGAUACUUUCUCCGAUCCUACGUGGAGUGCCACGGGAACACGAGGUGGUGCCCUGCCCCACGAUGCGACCGCGCGGUCCAGAUCGAAACGCGCGUGCGGGAGAACUACGACGUGGCGUGCGAUUGUUCUCACAGGUUCUGCUGGAACUGUGCGGAGGAGUGCCACCGCCCGGUCGACUGCAAGACCGCGGCGGAGUGGAUCGAGCUGAGUAGUUCCGAGGAGGAGGAUAUUAACACCGCUACGUGGAUUAUGGCUUUCACAAAGCCGUGUCCGGGUUGCGGCAUUAACAUCGAGAAGGACCAGGGCUGCAAUCACAUGAUCUGUCGAAAGCCGUGCAGACAACAAUUUUGCUGGUUGUGCCUACAACCGUGGGAAAACCACACCCACGCUAGUUGCAACGAGAAGAAGGAAUGCAAUAAGAAAUUUACACGUGCGAGGAAAAAUUUGUCGAAAUUCGGACAUCACUACGAAGGGUGGGUUUUGAAUCAUAUGCGCAUGCGAACUGCCGUGUCGGAUCUUCGUACGGUGCUCGAUGAUAAGUUGGGGGGUGAAUAUUCCAAUUACGUCAAGUUCGGGUUCUUGAUUGAAGCGUUGGAGCAGAUUGUCGAAUGCAGGAGCAUGUUGAAGUGGAGCUACGUGUACGGUUACUACUUGUCCUUGACGAAGAAAGUGACCAAGAUUGAGUUUUUUGAGUUCUUGCAAGAGCAGGCGGAGGUUAAUAUUGAGAGGCUUCACCAUUGCGCUGACAAGGAUAUUGAGAUGUACGUGAACAACGAUUUCGAUAUGGAGGAUUUUGUGGGUUUUCGGAGGAAGGUUGUGAAUUUGACAAAUGUCACGAGGAACUACUUUGAGGAGUGGGUUAGAGCGUUGUAGAACGAUCUUUCCGUGAAACUGACAUGCAUAUGGAGUCGAGUUCUUAGGUAGUGAGACAGCCCGAAGAAGGUUGGUGAAUAUAUUGACUUGUCGUUGUCCAUAUUUGGUAUGCGUUGAUUUUAUUUGAAGUCGUGUGAUUAUAUUUCGGAGUUUCGUGUGAUUAUAUUUCGUAGUCUAUUGAUUUUAUUUGAAGUUCGUACUGUGAUUAUAUUUCGGAGUUUCGUGUGAUUAUAUUUCGGAGUUUCCGAUUCCGUUUGAUAGAAGAUGUACUUACAUAGGACAUGGUUAUGUUAUGUUGGUUAUGUAUUGUGUUUUUACAAUU